CUUCUGCUGCAUGAAAACAUUUCUCCGGAGAGUCUCAGGUUCUCCUGUUUAUGUGUCACAUUUCACAUAUUUACCCGCGGAGGACUUCCUUGACUGUCCAGAGGAGAGGCAUAGGCAUCGCGAAAACCAUGGAGAGAAAUAGUUGAACGAACUUGAAGAGAGAGAGAGAGUGCGACCUUGGAGGUCUUACAGAAGAGGAUGACGGUGGAUGACAAAUCAGAUGGCUCCGGCUCAUCGGAGGGCUCUGCAGCUAGCAUAGGGGCUAUUGAGAAGACUUAUACCAAGGAGAGCAAUGUUCGUGCUCGGGUCGGCCUCUACAUCAAAGAUGGCGAGAAGCUCAGAGCAGAUUUCCACAUCCUGUACAGAGCUCUUCCAGACUUGAGGAAGAAGAAAGACCGUCGGAAAUUAAGAAGAAAGGCCAAGUCAAACAAACAUCACAAGGACAAGAAAAAGAAGGGAGAAGUUGCUGGCAGUAGUAACACCUCCAGUGCCCUUAUGCCAGUCCUAGAACUGCCAGGAAACCCGUCAUCCUUCGCAGUUUAUGCUCAUGUGCGUGGAUUGGUGCUGGAGAAUGCAGCCAGGCAAGCACAGAGUGUAUAUCUGGCCACAACACAACCUUUGCCCUCAGACUCUGACACGGACGAUGAGGGGGAUAAGGGUAGAGACCCUGAUAUUCAGAUUCCCAAGAUGGUUGGUCUUGGGCUGGUUAGUGUAUACGAGUUGAUACGUGGGUCAGUGUCUGCAUACCCGGCACUGUGUAUACGAGCUCUAGAGGCACUACUGGACAUCCUUCAAGGGCAGCAACCAGAAGCUUUGAGGAGUGAACCACCAGAAGUCAUAGAUGCCCUUUUUAACCUGCUCUUGCGGCUGGCCACAGCAAGCAAUGGAGAUGUACUAACUUGCCCAUCAUCCCCUCUGGUGGGUGUAGCAUGUGCCUGUCUGUUGUCUUUGGUGGUUGCACGAGGAGAGACAGGCAAAUUCCUCAGAGCCACAGCUGACGUUCUUAUGACCUCUCGCCAGCUGGCUAGUCAGAGUAUCCAGGUUCCUGUCAUUCUAACACUACUUCAACGGAGCGUCCAUGCAGUGCUCCUAGGAAAGACAUCUAGACCUGACUGGCUCACCUGUGGAGUUCCUAAAUCAGCUCUUAUUGACAAGUUCUCAGUAAAAAUAAUGACAGAUGGUGAAGAGUCCAAAGAAGAGAGCACAAUGACAUGUGAUGGCCACUAUUUAUACAUACAUAAUGGCCAUGGCCUUUUUAAGAUUGGCUCAGGAUUUGGGGGAACCAUGAAAGGACAUGUCUACAUUCACCGUCCAGAUUUCUACCCAAAGCAGAAGGGAUGGCUAGGCUUUGCACAUGGUGAUGUCUUCUAUCGACCAGAAGCAAGCAAUGGAGAGCUGGUUGUUAUUGACCGUGAGGUGCUCAAAGUGUCGGAAGUGUAUCAGUGUUCUUCCCCUGGAUGGUGCCGUGGGUUGCCCUUUAGUGACGGGAUUAACAUUGGCCACAUUUCACCUGACAGAGAGGAUGGUUUUGUGGUGAGGACGUACAAUCCUUUAGUGAAACCGAUGCCUCUUGUAAAUGAGCUGGGGCUGAGUUUGGCAAUCAGGUGUAUUCAGGUUUUUGGUGGUCCAGAACAACAGUCAACAUUGUCAGCAGGUCUGGAUGAGGAUAUACUUAUGGUUGCAGCAGGAAAAGAAUUCACUCUUGUUAGAACAGUUGGUGGCAGGGUAUAUUACAGUGGGAAAGCAUCUUCUGUGGGUAUGAAGCAGGGCAGCAGUAGUAGUGCAGCUGCCAGCAGCAGUGGGGCUGGAGGUGCCAUUGUCAGUGCCAGUGGAGUAGCUGGCACAAGUGCAGGUGGAUCAGGUGGUGCAGGAUCAAGUGCUGCUGCAGGUGGAGGUGGUGGAGGUAUAGUGAAUGGCCCCAAUACUCCAAGUGCUCCAACCGGAAGGUGGCCAGAGUUGACCAUUACCAAGUCUCCACGCAUUGUACAUCUGUCAGUGGGCCAUGAGGGGCAGCAUUCUGUUCUGGUGUCAGAUGAGGGCUCGGCUUUCUUUGUUGGAACUGCAAGACGUGGGGAGGAUGGGGAUUCCAGUAAAGGUCGUCGGCAACCAAAACCAGUCAAACCAAAGAAGAUGAUAAAGUUAGAUGGACAUUUUGUUACCAAUGCAGCUUGUAAUAACGGAACCUCUGCACUUGUAACACGUGAUGGGGAGCUCUACAUGUUUGGCAAGGACACUUCACAUUGUGACAGUACCACAGGUCUUGUCACUGAUCUGCGGGAUGUCCAUGUGAGUGCAAUAUCUUUAGGUAAGGCUCAUGCUAUUGCCCUGACAAACAAAGGCCAGAUUUACAGCUUUGGGAUCAACAAUAAAGGCCAAUGUGGAAGGGAUUUUGUGCCACAGAUUAAGGAAGGAACAGGCAUGUCUAUGUCAGUUGGGCCAGCAGGGGAGGAGGACAUAGAGGAUGAAGAUGGUGCUGAGAGUGAAGAGGGGGGAGAAGGAGGCAUGUGCCCGCCUGGCCGACACCGAUGGGUCCGUGACCAUUGCCUUGUCUGCACAGUCUGCCAUGAGUGUACAGGCUACGGAGCAGCCUGUGUUUCCAGUGGGAGGCCCAAUAGAAAUUCAGGACAACCCUGUGGAUGUGGUGCGGGUGACUCUGGCUGUGCUGAGUGCGGAUGCUGUCGGGCUUGUGCUGAUGAGCUUGGGGGUGAUAGUGACCAAGACCCAUUUUCACUCAUGCAGGGACAGCACUCAGGACUGUUUGGUUUCCCCGAAGUUGGCAAUCUGGGAGGGAACAUCUUCGGGAGAGCCUCAGGCCGCUUGCAAGACCAGCUCCAGAGGAGGCUUGAUGAGCGUCGCCAUCGCCCACGUCAUCGGCAUUCAAGAUAUGCUCCAACCCCAGUUAGGAAAGCAGAGGAUGGGCUUGGUAGUGACCAGGAGAGAGAUGCCAGCAAGAUCGCUGCUCUGCCUCCCUCCAGGGUCCACUUGUCUGGUUCUUCAUCGCCCGUGGUUCAGGUGGCUUGUGGGCUUCAUCAUACAGUUGUGCUCUGUGCCAAUGGUGAGACAUAUACUUGGGGUAGCAACAGCUAUGGCCAGUUGGGUGUGGGUGACCUUAUCUCCAGAGGCUCUCCCAUUAUGGUGCGACUGCCUCCUAAUGUCCGAGUCAUUCAAGUAGCAGCAGGGAGCAAUCAUACCAUCUUCCUGACUUCAAAUGGACAAAUCUAUACUUGUGGUGACUUUCAGAAGGGUCAGCUGGGCCGAGGAGCCCCACAAAGUGAUGCUGGAGAGGGAAGCAGUCGUGGGAGGUGUCCAUGGUAUUCCGUGCCGGGUCUUGUGCCUGGUGUAGGGCCAAGGUUAGGCCGAAGAGCAACAUGGAUAGGGGCAUCAGCCGAUGUAACCUAUGUCAAGCUCGACCAGUCACUUAUCAAUGCUCACAACCUGAGUGCUGCAUCUGUUGUUGCCAAUAGUAGUUGUUUAGUGUUGUUACCAGUGGGAGGGAAGAAAGAAGAAGAAGAGGGAUGGAGAUGUUUAGUAAUUAGCCGUUCUGACGGACAGUGUCGCAGCUUCUCCACAGCAGACCAGAUAAAUGUUGGUGGCCAUACCAUGUGUCUGGAUCCUGUUUACAAUGUGCUCUGGAGCUAUGACAACAGUAGUCAAGAAGUCCGUUGUUACAACAUUGUGGCCGCUGAGGCCCAGAGGCUCAACAAUGGAGGGACACAGGAUGGUUUACGGGACCUUCUCUCUCCAGAACUCUCUCUGCCCAUCUUGCCAGAGUACCAAGUAUCUCGGGCACAGGUGGCACUACACAUGCUGUCAUGCAUUGAUACUGUUACAUGGGCGCAUGAGCAUGGACUAACUGUGAUAGAAGAUGAUCCCCAGACAGUCGCUACCGUAAGAGUGUAUACAAGGGAAGACUUCACGCCAGUCAACAGAUUUGAUAGUCAUGGUGGAGGUUGGGGUUAUUCUGGCCACUCUAUUGAGGCCAUCAGGUUUAUGUGUGAUACAGAUGUUCUUAUUGGUGGCUUUGGACUUUUUGGGGGCAGAGGAGAAUACAUGGGAAAGAUCAAGCUUUUUGAGCUUGGCAUAGAAGGAGGUGAUCAGGAAACUGAUGGAGAAUUGUUAGCGGAGACUGAGGAAAUGCUGUAUGAAUGUGGUGCUCGACAAAAGUAUCCCAUGCUCUUUGAUGAACCAGUGCCAGUGCAGGCCAAUAAAUGGUAUGUGGCCUGGGCUCGAGUGAGUGGACCAAGUAGUGAUUGUGGUUCUUCAGGUCAGAGUAUGGUCACAACAGAAGACCAGGUCAUUUUCUACUUCAAGUCAUCCAAGAAAUCCAACAAUGGGACGGAUGUAAAUGCGGGUCAGAUUCCGCAGCUGCUCUAUCGUAUAACCUCCCAGGAAGGUGCUGUCGCCCCCCGGCCCACACAGGACUCCACAGAACCUAUUCCCAUUCUCUGCAAGGCAUUCUUCAUGACUGUCAGAAAUGAUGUUUUCCAAUCAUUGCUUGAUUUAUUAGGCUGGGCUUGGUCCACAUUGAGAUCCUGUGUUGGAGAACAAUUUAGUCAUGUUGGAAACACAGGAGCCAGCCCUACUGUUGCUAUGCUUGAUCUCCAGCGCUUGGUGUAUAUCUGUUGUGCUUGUCUGCGUCUACUAAGGAUCUAUAUCAAUGAAGUCUAUCCAAAUUCAGUGCGAACAUUGAGAGCCAAUGGCGAGAAAGGCUGCCUUGCAGAGAGUGUAGCAGAUGUCAGAGGUCUCCUGAGACAGAUGUUAUCUGACCCAGUGCCAGCUCCCUAUCCAUCUCGCAAGGGAAAGAUGCGGAAUGGUAGAGAAACAGGACCAUUAACACGUAUGGUUGUAUCAGUAUUAGAUGAAUGCCACAAGACUUUUGUAUCAUGUUUCCAUGCAUUCUAUCCAACUGGUCAGUUAAAGUGGGCUUGCUUGUGUGACCUACUCCUCUCCAGGGAUGUCGUCAAUAAAAGCAUGGAAGAAAGUCGAGACAGUGACCGCCUGCUGAGUGCUGUCCUUGCUUCACUGUGCUCACCAACAGUCAAACUUCGAGCCACCUGCCCCAUCCUCACUGACCCAGACACAGAGGUCACCCACCGACCCUCACCUGCUGACAAUGCUGCGCUCUCUACCCUCCAGCCUGGGGAUCUUUACCGAUAUCCCUUACUGGUAGAGCAUAUGACUUACAAAACCCAUGUGGACAAUGGUGUAGGGAUUGUAUGGACUUUCCGUGAAGUAUUAGAUCGCCUUCUGGGAGUUGCUUGUGGAAGUGUGCGGCAGGCAUUACGAGGAGAGAGAGUUGUUCCUCUGCCAGCCCUUGUUCACAACACUUGCCUCCUCCUGGCCGCAACAGUUGCAGAACUCUCAGCUGAGACAAACUCUGCUGAAGGUGAAGUUCCUGCUGGUGGCCGUGUCCUGCACAUCACAACAUCUAGGUUCACACGGACAUCUCAGAGCCGGACAUGGAACACUGGCAAUGGAUCUCCAGAUGCCAUCUGCUUUGCCGUGGACAGACCAGGCAUCGUUAUUGCUGGUGUAUGUGUUUAUGGUGGAGUGGGCACCUAUGAUUAUGAGGUGGAGCUGAUGGAUGAGAGUGGAGGAGGUGGCCAGGACCCAUCUCACACCAUGGAGAGGUGGAGUGUCAUGGAGGUGGCCAGAGGUACCUUUGGGCCAGAUGACUCGGUUGCGGAUAUUGUUGAGAUCAAAUUUGAACGCCCAGUACCAGUCAAGGAAGGGGUGAAAUAUGCAAUUAGACUUUGCAAUCAUGGUGGAAGAACUAGCAAUGGUGAUGGGGGCCUUGCAUCAGUCAAGGGACCCGAUGGCACCACCUUCACAUUUUCAGCUUGUAGCUUAUCAGUCAACGGAACUAAUCACAUCAGAGGCCAGAUUCCUCACAUAAUGUAUUACAGUACUCCUCAAGACCCAGAAAGUCAGCAGAGUACAAGAGAAAUAGCUGAGCAGCAAGCACGAAAGUCUGCUUUAGCAAUGGUGGGGAGCAUUGUGCGGGUAGCAACUGAGUUGAUGAUCAUGGGCCUGGGGGUAGGUGACGAGACAGCUGUGGAGGUAUUAGGGACAGCCCCCCUUAUAACCAUGUUGCUUCCACUGGUCUUGUCACAUAUUGGGCCUGUUGCCACAUCAGAUCCAAGGAGUGCCGUAACAGUGCUUGGUCUAAUCCAGGAAAUCUUGCCCCAUGUAGCGGCACUAAACAACCUGAGCCUUGUCACACAACAGACAGCCAUCCCAGAAACAAUAGAGGGUUGCCACACCACCACCAGCCACCACUAUGCCUGGGUUGAGAGUGAUCACCCUUAUAAGCCAGCUACUGUGGCCAAUUAUAGAGUGAGUUUCCCCAGCUCUGUUCAAUGGAUGACGUUGGAGUUCGACCCCCAAUGUGGUACUGCUCAGCCAGAGGACUCAUUACAGGUGUACGUACCAAGCCUGAGCAGUACAGAGGUAGACAUUGGUACAGGUGGGCUGCCCAUAUACAGCGAUGGCCAAGAGCGAGGAACAGCUGUGUCGCAGGACCAAGAGGGAGCUCCUCCUCCAUACUGGGCUGUUCUGAAUAAAUUUUCUGGUACUCAGAACUGGCCACACCAGACAGUAAUUCUUCCAGGACAUGAGGUCAUGUUCUCCUUAGAAACCGCUUCUGAUUAUGUAAAAGACGAAAGAGCCAACACAUACGGUUUUCGGGUCCUCAUUGUGGGUUACGAGUGGCCACCAACUCCUCCAGAUUCUCUAAGACACUUGGAGAAAGAGUUGUCUUACUUGGGAGGGCUGUGUUCAGCAUCCCUUAUCAAGAAGGACCUGUGCUUACCACCUAUUGCAGGUGAUGAAUUGGAUGAGGAUAUGGAACUAGUUGAGGAAAUGUCACUGCAGGUGUAUCGAGCUCACCCAGGGCUACUGAGUAAAGGGUUUGCCCUCUCACACCCUCCAACUAUUCACCAAGCUCUCGAUGGCGUCAUUCCAUUCAGUUGUCACUCAAAUGAGAGGCUGUUUCUGCGGGAUUUUGUGUCCUGUGCUGGAGGGACAAGUGGAGGGCGCUUGGCGAGAUGGCUGCAGCCUGACUCUUAUGUUGACGUUCGAGCGUGUGAGGUUCUCUACAGCCGCGAUGACAUGCGUGCGGGCUGGCCAGCCAUUGUCACCAUCCUCACCAGGGACCAAUAUAGUGAGGUGGUCCAUGUUCCUUCACUCAAGGUGGAAGUCGUGGCAGUUCCUGUGAGCACAGGGGAGGAAGGUGGCCAGGGGAAGCUCCGAAGAAUAAGUCAGCAUGUCCCCGAUAAUAUGACCUUUGGUGGACACCCUCAGCCCUCACUGGAUGUGCCAUACCAAGUGUCCAUCAAGGACAAAAUGUGUUAUUGUGCAAUUACCAUGAUAAAGGCUUAUGAAAACUAUUCCUUUGAAGAGCUCCGUUACAUGUCCCCUGCUAUGCGGAGACCAACAGAAAACAUGUUAGUACGAAGUAAUAAUGAUGGCACAUACUCCUGUAACUGGACACCAGGAGCAACAGGAUGGUAUUCUCUUCAUGUGACUAUUGACGGAUAUCAGUUGGAAGAGACCUUCAAGAUGGAAGUCAAGGAACCACCACAAGGUGUUACUCCACCAGUCCAGAGCACCAUCAGGAGGUCAUCGCAGCAGCCUUCCCGACUAAGAAAGUUUGUGCUGCAGAACAGUGCUGGCCUGAGAAUACGCACUCAUCCAUCCUUACAGAGUGAACAGAUUGGGGUUGUUCAUGUUAAUGGAACAAUUGCCUUUGUGGAUGAGGUCCACAACAGUGAUGGGGUGUGGCUCCGCCUAAGCCCAGAGAGCAUCAGGCAGUACUGCACCAAUGGCUACUCAGAAGCUUGGUGUCUGCAGUACAACCAACACCUUGGGAAGACUCUCCUUGUUCCACUGGAUCACCCAAAGACAAUUCUGGAUCAGGUGAUUACUGACACCAUAAGCCGCCGCCGGGACCUUAGCCCACGUCGAGAGACAUCCCUGGGCAUAGAGGGAAGUGAGGGGGUCAGUGGGGGUGCAGGGGUUUACACGGUUGUCAAGUGUGGAGCCUCAGGACACAACAUCCGCAGUCAGCCCAGCCUGAAAGCACCCCCUGUGGGAAUGCUUGUCCUAGGGAACUCUGUCACCGCUGAUUGCGAUGUGAAGAAUGGCGAUGGCACUUGGGUUCGUUUGGAUUCAGAGAGCACACGCAAGUAUUGCUUCACUGAUGGGGAGGCAUGGUCUCUGGCAAUGUCCCGAGGUCACACCCUCUACCUCCAACGUUCCCAUAGUCACAACCACCCCUACACGUCUCCCCAGCAUGAUCCAAGUAACAUAGCAGGCCAUCAGGGCUUUGACUUCACACAUGCCCAGAGUAGCCCAGUGUUUAGACCCUUCCAACAACCUGCCGUUACUGGCGACCCAUUUGUCUUUGGUGCUAUAACCCGUGGGAGAGGGGAUGGCAGCAGCAACACAGGCCACAUGGUGCAAACAGAUGGAGAAGAAUCGUGCAUUCCCCAGAAACGUGCACUUAAUUUUAUUGAUGCAAAUACUACCACAGAGGAGUCAGAACCAACGGGCGGAACAGUGAAGCAGCAGCAGGGCCCAUCGCCACAGCACCCAGGGAAGUUCUCCGUCCUGCACCGGUGGCUCAAGGAAGAGCAACACAAACACGCCUCUCCACACAGUCUCCAUUCUCAUCAACAGCAGCAGCAGCAGCAACAGCAACCGCAGCCUCAGCAGCAGCACCAGCAGGUUCAGGUCGUGCAGCAGCAGACUCAGACUCAGGAGAGGAAACUCGACAAAAAGCAAUCACAAGUGGCUGUCAGCAUACCUAGAGAUGUCCCACCAGAACUGCAAGGUGUGUCAGUAAAAGACCUUGUGAAGGCCAUAGGGGAGUCAAGAGCCAAUGGCAAUGGUGCAACCCCCCCUCGGACUCCCCCUGCCACACCCAAGCGCUUGUCUCGUUCAUCCAGUCCAAGGGCGGUUGGAGUUGGACCCUCUGGGCCCUCAGUUGUGGCAACAGGCUCUGGCACCUCCCCACGGCAGAUAUCAAGAUCUUCCAGUCCUGUGCCUAUUCCCGGGCGUGGAAGGGAGAGUGCAAGUAGUUCUCCAUUGCACAGUUCUCCACGUGCAACAGCUGUGUCACCACUCGUGUCGGGAACAGGUGCUGCUGGGGACAGGGCAGCUGGCAGUCCUCCAUCUGCUAUUCGAAGUGCAAAUGAUUCCCUGAGCGACACCAGUGCAUUUGUGUCGAGUUUAACACAGGACAUGUCUCAUUCCCCUAGCAUUUCUUCCUUGCCCACCUCAACACCUAGCACACCAAGGAGGGAACCCUUGAGCACAAGUCCUAAAACAGUUACCCAAACAGCAACCCAGACAAGCCCAGAAGGUGUGAAGUUCAAUAUAGGGUCAACUGGAUCUCGGGAUGAAAACUUGCGUCUCUCCCCUAAAAUGACGCGCAAGGAUAGAUCAGGCAAACCACACCGGGGAAAGAGGGACCGCGCUGUUUCACCAGCAGCUGUGCAGAGGGAAAAACCAGGUCCAAGCCGAGACAAGAUCAAGGAAGCAAUGAGCCCAUCUGUUGCAGAGUGCCUGAGAGCUAUAUUUGCUGGGUUCCUAUGGCAUGAGGGAAUUGUUCAUGAUGCAAUGGCCUGUGCAUCCUACAUCAAAUUCCAUCCAGAUCUGACAAAGCAAGGAACAUUCCACUGGAAGCCACGUGCAAACACUGGCACUAAAACAGAAAAACUUACAAAAGAACAGAAAGCACGACAGCGACACUCGGUUGAAGUGAGUACCUACAGUUACCUGAACAAUGUCACUCUCCAGAAUACAGAAGAUCUGUUGAAGCCAGGGGCAAAUGCCAACAUCAAUGAAGUGCCACGAAUCACAGAUACCAAUGAGGAAGAUGCUGCCAACAGGGCAGGGACAAGCUACACUCAGGGACCUCAGGGACAAAAAUUACCAACAGUGAUGGAAGGGGGCUCAGGGCCUGACCCCCCAGACCUUCCCCCAGUACUCCGUCAUGUUGUUCUGCUUUGGGAAGAACUAACAUCAAGUUGUUUGAAGGCCAUUGCUCAACAGAUUAUUCUCCCUUCCCCAACACUUCCAGUUAGACUCAAUAAGACUGAUAAGACAAAGGAGAAGAGUGACAGAGAGAAGAAGAAGCACAAGAAAAAGUCAGCCUCAGCAGGCAUUCCCAUGUUUGGAGUUGACUCAAUUGUAGGCGAGGAGGAGGAUGGUGUGUGUGAGCUAUGUGGUAGUAAUAUCCCUCCUGAUGGUGCUGAACAGCACUUCCGGACUAUUCAUCCAGGUUGUGGUGGCUCAUCCAAGGGCUGUGGUUAUGUCGGAACACGCUGGAAGUUCUUCCCCUCCAAAGACCGUGUUACCCAGCCUUGCGGUGUGGUAGUGCGUGGCUGCUUCCACAUGUGUUGGAGUUGCCGCAACAGGCACAAAGGCCAGUAUAGUCAGUUCUCGGGAAGCAAAGGUACAAAUGGGAAGAUGAAGAGGAAGUCUAACAGUAAGUUAUUAUCUCCUCUUCCCCAACUGGACACUCAUGUGAUAAUGAGAAACAAUGCAAUGUUCCUGCUGGACCUGGCUAGUGCUGCAACACCUGCCCUCCCCACCAGAAGUCAUGUGCCAAGGAGAUCACCAUGCACCAUGCCCUGUGUCUCUGAGUUGAGCCCAGACAACAGCCCCUUCCCUAAGGUUGCAUUCCAGUGCUUGCACACUCUGAACUGCCAGCAGCAGCACCUGAACCAGCUGCGUGAGGACCUCCUCUUGCACCACACGCUCCAUUCCUCUGAUAACGCAGAUUACCGCAGCAGCUCUGCCGAGUCUCGGGAAAAUAACCACAGGGAGCAUUCACCUUUCUCUCCACCAGGGACCUCACACCAAGAAUCUCCCGCAUCUGAUACAGAGAUCCCUCGUGGCCGUCCAUUCCACCGCUCCAUAUCUGUGACAGUUGGAACCCUAGGACAAGACUGGAGCUCAGCUGCUGCCUCGGCCUCUGCCUCACAGCAUGAGCAUGACCAGAAGGCCACAGUUGUUCUCAGGAAACGAAAUAACAGCAGUGGAGAAAACACAGUAGACGGUGGUGGCAGUUCCCUCUUGGUGCACCCAUCAGCUGCACUGGAGCGGCUAGCAACCUGCAUAGAGCGUGGAGGAGGACCUGCAGGAGACCCAGGAGGAAGAGCAAGGCAGGUCCUCAUCCGACCUAUUAUGGCGUUCAUCUUUCAGAACCACGACCUGGAAACUUUGGCUUAUGCUAUGAGGCAUGCCACACGAAAGGCAGCUGCCAGGGUCUAUGCCAUGCAGGCUCUAAACUGGCUUCUGAGAAGUGUGACACAGCCAACAUGUCUUCACGAUUUGCUCUGGUGCUUUGUGGCUGCACUCACCCCCACUAGCCCACCCCUUCAGCCUCCUGCUGAUGACCAUAACCCACAGGAUCAGCCACACCACAAGGAUAAAUCCCAUGAUUUAGAAGGUGAAAUGGUGGUGCUGGAGCAUCCUCUGAGUGAUGUAACACUCGCAGGCGAUGCAGUUCACCCUCUGCCCCAGACCUUCCACCAGCUGUUGCAAACAGUUGCUGAUCUGAUGAUGCUUCUUCCUCCAGGAUCUCCUCUCCAGAUGAUGGCUGUUCGGUGCUGGGGUCUGCGCUUCACUCCAACAGAUCAUGAUUUCCUCCAUCAAAGUCAUGUAUUCUCUAAUAUCUCGAAGAUCCUUUCGCGGUCAGAGGAGGUGUUAGGGGCAGGGGAAGAGGGCAUCACGUCCAUGUAUGAAAGUCAUGGGCCGGUAACCAGCAUGGUGGAGUGCCUGCGUGACCUCAUGAGUGAGUGUGAAGUCCGAGCUUCAAGUAGACAAGCCAUGGUUCCAUCUCUAACAGACGCAUCUACAGAGACAUUUUGGGAGUCUGGGGAUGAAGACCGGAACAAGACUAAGGCACUCACUAUCACUUGUGCUGCGGCAAUCCGCCCACAGACAGUUUACGUCCACAUUGAUAAUUGUCGGGAUCUUGGGAAUAAAGUGUCAAGUGUAGUCUUCAAGUGUGGCCCCAGUGGAGAUGACAUGGUUUUAGUGAGACAAGUUGAUAUUGAAAGCAGAUUCAGUGGAUGGAUUCAUGCAGUUCUACCACAUGAUGUAAUCACAACCAUAAUUGUGGAGCUCAGAGGACCAGACCAGAGCGUGCGAGUGCGGCAAGUGAGAGUCCUAGGUGGCGAGGGAGGGGAAGGCUCAGGCUCAAGACCACUACGUCAGCAUUCUCCCCUCACCAUCCAGCAUAGGGCCUGUGAGCAGGAGACACUAAAGGUGUUCAGGUUGAUUACUGGACAGGUGUUUGGCCGCCUCAUCAUGACCGCAGAAGGUGGCAACAAACCUGCUGAGGGAAGUGAUGGAACUGCAGGUAACAUUGAAAAUGUGGAUGAGCAAGACCACAACAAUGACCUCCGAGAACAUAUGGUCGGCAUCCUGUUCUCACGAUCAAAACUCACACACCUCCAAAAACAGGUUUGCUCACACAUAGUGCAGGCCAUCCGCAAGGAGGCCGUGAGAGCAAGGGAAGAGUGGGAGUCAGGGCUCAACUGUGGAGGCCUGGGCACACCUGCUACACCUGAAGAGGGACAGCACAACCCCCCUGACACAUACUGCUUUGAGAUGCUGUCAAUGGUGUUGGCCCUCAGUGGCUCUGUGGUAGGCCGGGCACAUUUGGCUCAGCAGGAUCACUUGCUGAAGCACCUGCUGUCACUGCUCCACACAGGGUCAGCUCGUGUCCAGAGACAGGUUGUGGCUCUGUUCAGACGCAUGCUGGCUGAUGUUCCCCCUCAGUCUCUGGCCUUAAUCUUGGGAGUAGAAUCUCUCCCUGCUCAUGAUUAUGCCAUCCUACAUGCUACAUCCAAAGAUGAGGAAAACAACUUUGAUAUUCACCAACAAGGAAUCUUGGAUGUGUUCCUUGCUGUGAUUUCAAAGGCUCUCACAGUACAGCUGAAGACAAAGGGUGGUGAGGGAGGAAAAUCUGUUGCAACACAAGGGAAGGGAGCAGUCACCUCUGUCUCUCUGGCCAGCACCAUGCCCACACCCCAGGCUAACUCCCCUCGAUGGUGGCUGCAGGGGUCAGCCACACAGAAACAGGCAGAUCUCAUCAUUAGCUUGAUAAGAGACAUGACCACAGGCAAACUCUCAGACAAUUGGGCAAAGGUCAGCAAAGGUGCAAUUGCUGAGAAUAUUGUGAAUCUAACAAGACUCAGUGAAAGUGACAGGUCAUGUGCAGCGUCAUGCCUGGCUACACCCACACUCUGGCUUGCACUUGCAUCCCUCUGUGUGCUCCAUCCAGAUCAUGUGGAUGCCCUCUCCUCCCACCACUGGCAGGCCACCACAUCAACAGGGGAUCCACAUAACCCAGAACCACGGCCAACAUGUGAAAACCAUGAUGAUGGGGAGACUCCAGCCAUGAUCCUAUGUGAAGAAUGUAGCAGCAACCUGUGUGGCGAGUGUGAUCGAAUCCUCCAUCUGCACCGCCGUACAAGGCACCAUCACCGCACUGUGUUCAGACAGGAGCAAGAAGCCAUUAAGGUGGACUUGCAUGAAGGCUGUGGAAGAACAAAGUUAUUCUGGCUUCUGGCCUUGGCUGACUCAACCACCCUAAAGGCCAUGUUAGAACUACGUGGGGAAAACCAGAGAUCUCGUGGCUCUGUAGCAGCAUCAACUUGCAGGUUUUGUGGAGCACCAGCUCAGUCAUCACUCCUGUCUCCUGCUCCUGUGUGCCAGGAUUCUGAUUGCCAGGAGUACAGUCGGGAAGCCUGUGUAAGAACACAUGACUGUGGCCAUCUGUGUGGAGGACUGAAGGGGGAAGCUUCAUGUCUGCCUUGCCUUCACGGAUGUGCCAAUACUCCCUCACUUAAGCAGGAUGCAGAUGACAUGUGCAUGAUAUGCUUCUCUGAGGCCCUAUCUGCUGCUCCUGCCAUCCAGCUUGAGUGUGGCCAUGUGUUCCAUGCACAUUGCUGCCGCACAGUGUUAACAAGGCGUUGGCCAGGACCACGUAUCACUUUCACCUUUUCAAUGUGCCCAAUCUGUAAGGUUCGCAUAAGCCAUGGGGUGCUGACAGAGCUGCUGGCCCCAAUCUCAGCCCUAUUUGAGGACGUCCGGAGAAAGGCUCUCAUGAGGCUGGAAUAUGAAGGCUUGCACCGAGCAGAGGCCAUUUCCACCCCAGGUGCACGGUACUACAAUGAUCCAGCUGCUUAUGCUAUGGACCGUUAUGCAUAUUAUGUGUGCUUCAAAUGUAACAAGGCCUACUAUGGAGGUGAAGCAAGAUGUGAUGUAGAAGCAGGGCUUGGUGAUGAGUAUGACCCAAGGGAGCUGGUUUGUGGUGCCUGCUCAGAUGUCUCCCGUGCACAGAUGUGCCCCAAGCAUGGCACAGACUUCCUUGAAUACAAGUGCAGAUACUGUUGCUCAGUAGCAGUGUUUUUCUGUUUUGGAACAACACACUUUUGCAAUGCAUGUCAUGAUGAUUUCCAGAGAGUAACAAAUAUUCCAAAGACAGAGUUGCCACAUUGUCCGGCAGGUCCAAGAGCCCAGCAGCUGGAGGGGGAAGAGUGUCCACUCCAUGUGCAGCACCCUCCAACAGGGGAAGAGUUCGCUCUAGGUUGUGGCGUUUGUCGCAAUGCUCACACUUUCUAAUGUGCCAUCAGUGAUCUGUAUGAUCUUUUAGUAAUUUUUUCCCCUUUUUUUAUGGUUUCAAUUUGGAAAUGAUGUUUUUCUUUUUGUUUUGUUUUUUCUGUUGUUUUUUGUUUAUCUAAUGCUAUAGAUUUAUAAAUUCCCUUUGUGAUCAAUGGGUUAGUCUAUUUUGAUAAGACAGAGAUUCAUGUAAUUUAAUAUAUUGUAUUGAAAAUCAGUAAAUGCUUUAAAGACAAAUAUGAAACAAUGCAGAUGUGCUGUAUAUAUGAUAUAAGAUGUGCUGGGAAUAUAGAAAAGAAAUGUUGUUAUAAAUCCAAGCUGUAAUUUUCACAAGGCUUGGUAAUGAAUCUGCAUUUUUUGUACAAUUGAUUUUCCUCUUGAUUUCAUUCACCACAAUUAGGUUGGUUUUUGUUUGGGCUUUCUUUUCAACUUUUAUCUUAAUAUAAAAGAAUUCAUACAUAUGAUUAGAUAAUGGAACUAUAUGGUAUAUAUGUCUUUGUAAAUAAUAUCUUUACCUUUGUAAAUGGUCUGAUUGCAGCAGCAUUAGUCUCUGGGAGCAGGAACUGUUGUGCUUAUUCUUGUCUUCACUCUCUAACUUAGCACAAACAAGUCUCGAACAGAAUCCCUGAGCAUUGGUUUUAUUAGAAUUUUUACCGCAAUUUUACAUUUUGAUAUUGCAGUGUGGGAGUGGUUUAUAGAAAUAUAACAGUAGAGUAAAACAUUUGAGAGAAUUGUAACAGUCAUCAUCAGGGUAAAAAAAAAAAAAAAAAAAAAAAAAAAAAAAUGUACAGUGCAUAUGAUUUUAUGAGACUGAAAAAACAUAUUUAUUGAAAAUUUAGAUAUUGCAUUUUAUCUUCACACCCUAGAUGGUCUGUUAUGUAGGAGACUUCAAUUUGGCAUCUUAUUAUUUAUAUUGUUUUAUUUUCUUUUAAUGACUGAAGCCAAUAAUUUCACAUCUUUCAUGACUUGCUUGUCUACUUGUCUUUCCCUUCAUUAGUAAGCACUAGUUAUAGUAACCAAGCAGAGAGAUUUAUUUGUGAUACGGUCACUUUGUAAUGUUUUUGGGAUGAGAGAAAACGUUGUGCAUUUUAAUGAUUUUUUGCCUUCCAUCAAAAGGUUUUCAUAUCAUGAUAUUAAGAGUAUAUAUUUAGUUAGUGAAAGUAAAUAUUUAAGAUUGUGUAUAAAGAACUAAGAUGAUAAUUAUGAAGUUGUGAUUUUUUAUUUGUUUUUCACCUUUGCGUUUUGAUACUUUAAUUUAAUACUGCACAUGUUGAGCAUUCAUAGUUAAGUUGGAGAAUUAUGUUAAGUUAUUACAUUGCAGUUUGAUAUUUCACAUUUUAAUAAAUAUUGAUUUUUUUUUUUUUCUAACAAUUUUUAAUAUAUAAUUAGACACUAUUACUAUGAUGGAGAUUACUGUUAACUUCAUUGUUAAGUAUUCUUUUUAUCAUUACCAUCAUCUAUCAUUAUCAUAAUCAUUACUUCUUCAUUAUUGCUGUUAGUGAUUCAGACAUUUCUUCAGCAUCUCUGUCAUCAUCAUCAUCAUUUUCUUCAUCUCCAUUUUCAUCACAGCAACUGCCAUCCUAAGCAUAUUAUUUCCCAUUGAUAUUUUUUUCCUAUAUUGUUAAGUUCUGUGUCCUGCUUAUGCUUUAUGGGAAUUAUAUUUCCAAUGCUGUUAUAGGUCACUUGGUUGUGAUAACCUUUUGAUUGUGCUAAACAACAAACACAAAAACAUAUGAGAUUGUGAGAAAGUGAAGAGCAGCAAUCUUGCAUUCAUACAUUUAUUAUGGAUGCUAGUUAGUGUGCAAUUGUGCUACACACACACAUACAGACAGACAGAAACAAAAAUAUAUAUACAUGUACAAAUAACCGUGAUUUUAUCGUUUACUCUGUAUUCGUUUUGUUCUUGAAAAGAAUUUAACUGGAUAUAGGGCAUUUGUUUGUGAGUCAGAAUUGCAUGGCAGGAUUACUUAGGUCUUUAGAGUAUAGUUAACAAUAAUUCCUAUUAGCACCAACAUUCCUACUGUGAUGUAUGGAUGUGUUAUGUUGAAGAAUCUCGCUCCCUACAUUUGUUAUGUGCACUAUGUAUUUAUUAUAGGUUAGAUCCCAGUUAUGUGCGUGCGUGUAUGCUCUUGAUGCUAUUUAUCAGUCCUGUGGUUUGUAAGGUCAGAAGAUUCAGAUCUUAUGAAUAUUGGUGUAUAUGGGUCUGUGUCACUAGGUAUAUUCCCCUGUGCUGAAGUAAUUUGCGUUAAGCUUGACUAUUUCUCAUAAUUACAUUAAAGGAAGAAAAUCAUAGCUUAUUGUUGCUUACCUCAACAUUAUGGCCUUAUUAGUGUUGAUUAUCUUUCCUUAAUUAUGGUGUGAUAAGAAUAUACAAAACUACUGACAGAAAGGAAAUUCUGUAGACUACUUGAUAUUUUCUCAGCAAUGUUUAGUACUAAAUUCCGUAUGGAAAGAUAUCAUGAUAGGCAAUCAGAUAUUGGUACUGCAGGCAUAUUUUGUAUUUCAAGUACACAUUUUUGGUAUAUUCAAGUAUUAGGUGUAAUCUUUAUUAUAUGUGAUACCUUAAUAAUGUACACACAUUAGUUUUGACAAGAAAUAUUCCCAGUUCAUAUACUUGUGAAUAUGGGGUGUUGUAUGUAAGGCAAACAAUAUCUUUCUUUGCAAAGUAGAAGAUGUAAUUAUUUCAUGUGUUUUAAUAUUGUUGCAAUGUGUAUAAACAGUAUUCUUUAACUAUGAAAUGAUCUAGUCCAGGACAAGAGCAACAGGUUACUUUGGCAAUUUUAAGACAAUGAAUAAGCAGCAUUACACUAGGUGGCUUAUUCCUCAGUUUUCUUAUUCAGUUGAAACAUUACCUGUCUGUUGAUAGUAUUCAAAUAGUAACAUGUAAAGCACUUUAUAUUAGAUAUCACAAAGUUUCCUCUUGUAAAUGGAUUUGACAUUUAAAUAUACAGACACUUGAAUGGGUGAUGAUUUUGACCAUAGAGACAGGUUGUGCAUAGAGAUUUUGGAAAGUCACCUGAUGUGACAGAUAUUGUAGCUGACAGUAAAACAUGACAUAAAAUGGUUAAAGCUCAGUUCUUAUGAGCAAAUAGGCCUCUGUGGUAUUUUGUUAGAAGUUCAAUUAACCUUUUAAAAUGGAAACUUGCCAUUUUUGGAACUUUUUUGUGAUUUUUAGUUUGAAUAAGAAAUUACAUAAACCUUGCCAUUAUAUAAAUUCCCUAUUGAUAAGUGAAAAUAAACUUAUACAAAUAC